GGGGUUGUGGCUGUUGGCGCGGCUGACGGACGUGUGCUUCGGCGGCUUCCGCGUGGGGGACGACGUGCCCCACCAGGCCGGAGCAGGCGCCAUCGGGGACAAAGACAUCCACCGGCUGGCGGACGGCUCGGGCCUCUUCGUGCAGUACUUGCGGCCGGGCGACGAGCAGGAGUUCUUCGACCGCAUCGUGGCCAGCGACGCCCGCAUCCUCCCGGUGCGCCGCAACAGGCUGGGACGACGGGAGCGUACGUGGGCGGACAUGUGUGCCGCCGUGACGAAGGAGGAUUUCGGCAAGGACUGGACGCUCGGUGGCGCCCGAACGGCGGGGUGGUGCCUGGAGCAUAUCAACUCGGAGGGCGGCAGCUUGGAUGCUCACCAUGAUCGGUUUCGAUCGCUGUGCCGCCUGGAGCCCAACGCAUGGGGUGUGGCCGAGCACCUCCACCUCACGGCGGCGGUCAAGGCCGGUCUCCUCGUCGACCAGCUCGACGGCACGAACCUCGUGAUGGUGGAGAUGCUGCUGAGGAGGAUGCAAACCAUUGAGUUCGCCCACCUCGAACGGGCGAAGGAGGCCGAGUCAAAAGGGUACAGUGGCCGUCUCAGCCUCGAGGAGCAGCAGGCCUUCUCGGGGCUCAGCCGGGGCUCGGGGCAGCUGAUGAUCUGUCCGGAGCUCCUGGGCGUGGUUCGAAUCGACGUGGAGCGGGAGGCGCAGCUCAACAAGGCGCGCGGGCCCCGUGUGCCGCCGCCCUACGAAGCUUUUAAUUACGGGGACGAGCCCUCCCGUGCGGUGCCCCGCGACAUCUUGCCUUUACCGCGGCCGGCGGUGGAGCGAUAUCGGGGUGCCGACGGGGGGCUCUCCCGUGCAGUCCGACAGCGCCUGGGUAAGCGCGAGAGUUUUGAGUUGGACUGUGAUCGCGCCGUCCACGCCUUGAACUCGCUCUAUCUUCACCAGGACCAGCCUCCCGUCGGCCAGGGCGCCGACCGUGCAGUUUUUGUUUCGCUGGGCCAGCGUCGCUGUCUUGAUAGAGUUCGGGGCUCCGUCGCCGCUCUCGGCCCGCCUCCGCCGGAGGUUACUCCCGCAGAAGCUCUCCGGAAGCUUCGCGUGGCGAGCUGGUAUGAUGUGGACUCUGCCGUGCUCGGUUCCUACAACCUCGCUAGCGUCUCGCUCCCCUCUGGCUCGCCGGCACCGGUGCCGCUCGAGGAUCUGUGGGGCGCGGGCGGGUCGGACAUGAUUAGGGACUUCGUCCAAAGCCGAUUGCUACCGUCUAGUGAGGUAGAUACUCGUUUGAAAAAUUCUCAGGUUGCGGUGCCGUAUAGUGAUCCGAAGCUGCGUCGGGUCGCGGCCUUUGAGGAGUUCAUCCGUGCAUUGCAGCAGCGAGGUGUCCUGGACAGCCCCGGAGACGUCUUCGGGUUCGGUCGGGUCAAGCGGGUCGUGGACUUCCCAGAGGUCCCGAGGGGCAUGAUCGAGCAGCAGUGGUCCGUCGUCGGUCGCUUCCCGUGGAGGCGCAAGGGGGAGAGUAUCGCCGUGUACGAGGCCAGGGCCACGUUGUACGGGUUUCGUCAUCUUCUUCGUUCGUCUCGGAACCUUGGGAAGCACGCGGUGGUCCUGGGGGACUCGCAGUCGACGGCCGGGGCGGUGGCGCGGUUUCGGAGCGACAGCCGUAGCAUGAUGCGGGUCGCCCAGGCGAUCGCGGCCCUCUCGCUCGCAACCGGUUCCGCCUUGCAUUAUCGGUGUUUGCCCUCGGAGUGGAACGUCGCGGACUCUCCUUCUCGUGGCCUCUGGGCUCCAGCUGCUCCGAGCCCGCUCGAUUUCUCCAAACAUGCUCCCGCGGGCCAGACCCGCACCGACCUCGACCGGCGCGCGGAUGGCGCCGCCGGCGGCGCCUGCGGCCUCGCUGGCCUCGCCGCUGGUCAGGCGGGGGGCCACCCGAGGAAGCGCCAGACGGUGGCCGACGUCGCGGCCCGGCGGAGGGCCUCUGCCGUCACGGUGGGGGGGCUCACGGUGCUGGAGAGCGCCUCGGUUCGGCCUCGGACGCGGCAGAAGUACCAGUCGCUGUUCGCCGAGUUCCUGGCGUGGCUCGCCGUCCCGGUGGCAACCUCCGAGGCGGGCGUCGACCGGCAGCUCGUGGGGUGGCUGGACGCGCUGUACCUGGGCGGCGAGAACCUGGGCGCGGCCCAGUGGGGCUUCGCGGCGGUGACGUUCUUCACGGGCCUCCAGAAGUCCGCGGGGGCCCUCGUGCCCAGGAGCCGGAGGGCCCUUCAGGGGUUCAGGCGCUGCUGCCCUCCCCAGUCGCGGCUGCCGCUGCCGCGCGAGGUGGUGGCCCUGAUCGCCAACGAGCUGGUCAGAUCGGGGAAGCUGCCCUGCGCGAUCGCGAUCAUCCUGAUCUUCGAGCUGUACCUUCGGCCAGGCGAGGUCUUCAGCGUGAGGGGGGUGGACCUCGUACCACCAGUGCCGGGCGUGGCAAGCGCCCCCUGCUGGGCCAUCACGCUUCACGCGCAGGAGGUCGGGAGGUCGUCAAAGACGAACGAGUUCGACGAGUCCAUGCGCCUGGAUCUGGAGCGGCAUGCCCCUCUCGGCCCGGCGCUCAAGGCCCUCUGUCAGGGCCGGAGCCCGCGCUCGCCGAUCUUCGACUUCGCCCUGAAGGACCUGGUGGCGGCGGUGUGCGGCGUCGUGCGGAGCCUCAAGCUGGACGAGUACCUCGGCGACGUCCACCUGCACCAGCUCAGGCACGGCGGCGCCCCGCACGACUCCGCCGGGGGCUUCAGGAGCCUGGAGGACGUGAGGCGCCGCGGGCGCUGGCGGUCGUGGGCUUCGGUCAGGCGCUACGAGAAGGGCAGCCGCAUCGGCCAGGUGCUGCUCAAGCUGCCCGACGACCUCCGCGCCCACGCGCUGUCCUGCGAGCGCUCGAUGGCCUCCAUCGUCCGCGGCCGGCCUUGUCCGGCGGCCCCCGGCCUCAGGUCAAACUCGUCUCCCAUGGGCCUCGACGACCUGAGCCCCGCCGACGCCGACAAGGUUCGCGUCGGCAACUUGUUAAUGUUUUUCUCCGUGGCGGUGAUGCGGGAUGCUAUGCUUUUGGGAAUACCAGCUACUCUGGAGAACCCCGCCCGGAGCCGCAUCUGGAUCUGCCCCGCCAUGCUGAGAUUUCAGAAAUCCAACAAGAUCAAUUUCACUGUCACCGAUUUCUGCAUGUGGGGCGCCCAGUGGAGAAAGUCGACCGGCUUCCUCAGCGCGGGGCUGUGCAUGGACGCCCUCGCCGAGGCUCGCUGUCUCGGCGCCAAGCGUGUCCUGUGCAAGCGCUCCGGCCAGCCGCACAUCCCCAUCCAAGGGAAAAACGACAAGGGUGUCUUCUGGUCCAAGAUCGCCGAGCCUUAUCCUCCUGGACUUUGUAGAGCCCUGGCUUCUAUCUACUACAAUGCGUGGGCCUCGUCUAGAGCCGAGUUGUUCAACAAGAAGGUGUUUGCG